GACGUUUAUUUCAGUUUUAACCAACGCAUCUACUUUGUCUGUUACCAGUUGGCGGCCAGUCGUCUUCACGGAAGGACGUGGGGAAUGCCGCGGUGAAGUCGCGUGUGUUAGUUUUUUAAAAAAUUUCAUUACGAAUUAAAGUACAGUAUUCCCGGUGCCAUCCAUGCGAAAGUUCUAAUUUCGACAUAAAGCAGUUAAAAUAAAUAAACACCGUGUAUGUGCUACCAGAAAAAUAAACCAAGUGUGCAGUGUUACAAACACCGGUCAUGGAUAUCACCAAAGAGUAUUACAACCCGAAUCCCCGGGAGAAAGCGAAUUUUCUCUCGGUGAUGUUUUUCACUUACACGAUUGACAUGUUCAAAAAAGGCUACAGUAAGACCCUUGACGUUGAUGACCUUUACAGCCCCAUCGAAAGUGACAGAAGUACCCUAUUGGGCGACAGACUCGAGAGCAAAUGGAACAAGCACAUGGACAGCAUAAAAAAAUCAAAGAAGAAGCGCAAACCCAGCUUGCUCAAAGUGCUCGUGGCCACCUUCUGGCCCGAGUAUCUCCUCCUAGGUGUUAUUUUAGUCAUAAUGGAUUUAUGCGUGAGAUUAAGCCAGCCUAUCAUGUUGGGACGACUCCUGGACCAUUUCAAACCCAACAGCGAUGUUGAUAAGACCGCUGCUCUGUGGUACGCUGGAGCUAUUGUGGGAUUAAAUGCCAUGAGUGCGCUGCUCAUUAAUCAGUACAUCAUGAGGGCAUUCCAUUACGGGAUGAAGGUUCGAGCCGCUUGCUGCGCUCUUAUUUACAGAAAGGCCCUUCGCCUGAGCAAGACGGCGUUAGCUGACACCGCUGCCGGCAAAGUAGUAAAUCUCCUCUCGAACGAUGUAAGCCGUUUCGACGUCGUUUCCGUCCUGAUCCACCACAUGUGGGUGGCACCAACGUCGGCUAUAAUCGUAGCUUACCUUCUUUACGACGCAGCUGGAUAUGCUGGCCUUAUUGGAAUAGCUCCAGUCUUCCUCGUAGUGCCUUUGCAAAGUUACACUGGCAAACUCUCCGCAAUUUACCGAAAGAAAACGGCGCAAAAAACCGACGAAAGGGUGCGCCUUAUGGACGAAAUCAUCUCCGGAGUCCAAGUGAUCAAAAUGUACGCCUGGGAGAUACCUUUCGCCAAACUGAUCCGUUUUGCCCGAAAGGCCGAGCUUAGAAUCGUGAUGAAAUCGUCCUACGUGCGGGGACUUUACAUGACGUUUAACCUUUUCACAACCCGAGCUGCGCUUUUUUGUACCUUACUUUGCCUGGCUUUGACCAAACAGGACAUAACCGCAAGUCGUGUUUUCGUCUUCAUGUCGUACUACAAUAUUUUGGCCCAAACUAUGUCCAGUAUGUUCGUACGUGGCAUCUCCGAGAUGGCCGAAGUCCUGGUCGCCAUCACGCGUCUCCAGAGCUUCAUGACGAACGAAGAGUUCGUCAAAGUUAAAGUCGGGGACAAUAAUGAUAAUAAAAUCAACUCUGACAAGACCCGCCUCGCUUUGCGCAACGUUUGUGCCAAAUGGGACGUUUCCUCCUCUGAUAACACCCUGUCCAACGUCAAUUUCAGCAUAAAUCAGAGGAAAUUACUGGCGGUGAUUGGGCCUGUUGGCAGCGGCAAAAGCUCGCUGCUGCAGGCGAUUCUGGGCGAGUUGGAGGUCACCUCAGGCGAUCUGCACAUCAACGGAUCGAUUUCCUACGCGUCGCAAGACCCUUGGGUGUUUGCCGCCACCGUCCGGCAAAACAUCACCUUCGGGCUCGAUUUUAACAAGAAGAGGUACAACGAAGUCGUGCAUGCUUGUGCCUUGGAGAAGGACUUUAAGCAGUUUCCCGACGGCGAUUUGACCAUUGUUGGGGAUCGCGGCGCCUCGUUGAGUGGCGGACAGAAGGCGAGGAUUAAUUUGGCACGUGCUGUUUACCGAGAUGCUGACAUUUACUUACUCGACGAUCCUUUAUCGGCUGUUGAUAUCCAUGUGUCUAAGCAUCUUUACGAUGAAUGCAUCAAUGGCUAUCUGGCGAACAAGACGCGGAUCCUCGUCACACAUCAAGUUCACCACUUGAAAAAUGCCGACGAGAUCAUCAUCCUAAAUAAUGGCGCCAUCGAGAACAAAGGCACCUUUGAAAACCUAGCCAACAGUGACACCAUAUACGCGAGACUGCUGACAACAGAACCCGAACACACGGCUGAAGAAAAACAGAAAAUGUUCGAAGCGGCGAAAUUAACCCGCCAAAUCUCGACUCGAAGCAAAACCUCCUCGUUGGCAAGCGCCGUUAGCGACUUAAGCAUCCCCGAAAGCAUCCUCCAGGAGGAGGCGCAAGAACCCGAAAUCAAAGUCAAGAGUUUGCAGGAGGAAUCCUCCAAAGGCAAAGUGCACGGUUCCCUCUUCUGGCAGUAUUUACUAGCCGGAGGCAACUUCCUCUUCGUCUCAGUUGUCCUGAUUCUGUACGUCCUGGCCCAAGCUGCUGCCAGUGGUGUCGAUUUCUUCGUCAGUUUUUGGGUCAAUAUCGAAGAAGCGAGGAAUAGUACGAGUAACAUAACUGCGAUUGGCGAAGCCCCGGAUUGGUCAACCGAGACUUGCCUCUACAUCUACGGUGGAUUUAUCGCAGCUGUGUUUAUUAUUGCCUUCACCAGGUCUAUGCUGUUCUACAAGCUGGCAAUGCUAAGUUCCCAGAAACUGCACGACACUUUGUUCAAUUGUGUGAUAAAUGCAUCGAUGAAAUUCUUUGAUACUAACCCCAGUGGUCGCAUUUUGAACCGCUUUUCCAAAGAUAUAGGGGCCAUAGAUGAACUGCUGCCAAAGGCAAUACUAGAUGCCGGCCAAAUUAUCCUAAACAUGGCCGGUGCCUUAAUUUUGGUAGCUAUAGUAAACCCGUAUUUUUUGAUAAUAGUUGGCAUCACAGGAAUCUUCUUCAUGUUACUAAGAGUCGUGUUUCUGCGAUCGUCGAAAAAUAUCAAACGACUCGAAGGAAUGAUGCGAAGUCCCGUCUUCACGCACUUGAACGCAACCCUAAACGGUUUGACCACAAUUCGGGCAUUCCAAGCCGAAACCAUCCUUCGAAACGAAUUCGACAAACACCAAGACUACCACACUAGUGCUUGGUUCAUGUAUAUUGCGGCAAGUUCGGCUUUCGGCUUCUAUUUGGACUUCCUCUGUUUCAUUUUUGUGGCAUUGGUCACUUUCAGCUUCCUCACAUUUGGCGAUAGUAUUGGACUAAAAGGGGGUGAAGUAGGACUAGCCAUAACCCAGUCAGCUGCCCUCACAGGUCUAGUCCAAUGGGGCAUGCGCCAAUCAGCCGAAGUCGCCAAUCAGUUAAUGUCAGUGGAACGAGUCCUCGAAUACAAAGAACUGCCCAAAGAAAAACAACCCCAACAGCCCAAAACACCCCCGAAAUCAUGGCCAGCUAACGGGAAAAUCGCCUUCACAGACAUGGGCUUGAAAUAUGACGAGAAGGCGCCCUUGGUGCUCAAAGACCUGAACAUUGUUAUUAACCCCAAGGAAAAAGUCGGGAUUGUUGGGCGCACAGGUGCCGGGAAAUCGUCCCUGAUUGCGGCCCUUUUUCGCCUAGCCAACGUCAUUGGGGAGAUUGACAUUGACGAUAUCGACACCAAACACUUGCAACUGCAAGUUUUGAGGUCCAAGAUUUCGAUUAUCCCCCAGGAUCCCGUCCUGUUUUCGGGGACUUUGCGCUACAACCUGGACCCCUUUGAGGAUUAUCCCGACGAAGUCCUGUACAAAGCUUUGAACGAAGUGGAGCUCAAAGACCCGGCAAACAUUAUUAACCGGUUGGAGAACCGUGUCAUGGAUCGAGGAUCGAACUACAGUGUGGGCCAGCGACAGUUGAUUUGUCUUGCCAGGGCCAUAAUUAGGAAUAAUAAGAUUUUAAUGCUGGAUGAGGCAACUGCCAAUGUGGACCCACAAACUGACGCACUCAUCCAGAAGACAAUCCGGCAAAAGUUCGCCGAUUGUACAGUUUUGACGGUCGCCCAUCGUCUCAAUACCAUCAUGGACUCCGACAAGGUUCUAGUGAUGGAGAGCGGUACCAUGGUCGAGUUCGACCACCCCCACGUCCUCCUCCAGAACCCGUCAAGCAAAUUUAGCAAAAUGGUCGCAGAGACGGGAAAAUCAACGGCGGAACAACUCCGGAAAAUUGCGAGAAGUAGUUAUUUGAAGAAGCACGCCGUCCCUGAAUGAUCUGUUGCAUUUUUACUUAAUCGCUAGUAUUUUAUGUGUUCCUGUACUGUAUUACUUAAGGCCCAGUUGAUAUUUUAAGUUACUUAAAUUAGGGUAAUAAGGCUGUGUUCCUUGCCUUGUGUAAACCAAAGCGGCUUCAAAUCGGUGCCAAACGUGGUGCUCUUAUCAAAAUGUAAAUAAAUAUUUUAAAUAUAUUUUUUACUACACAAAA